AUGUGUGUGUUUAUCUACUGCAACCACACAGCACUCACCCGAGCCUUUCAUAACCGAAAUGAGUUGACCGAUCAGCAAAUGGCGGAUAUGUUUGUACAGCAAAAAGUAGACGCAAUCAUAUAUAUUAUUAUUGUCCUAAUCUUCUACGCCGUCAUAAUAACCAUCGUUUUGGUCACUAAUUGUCACCGCUUUAGAGAAGAGAGGUUUGAGUUCAAGAUUCCUCGACGAAAGGAUCUAAUGGUUAACAGCGAUAGCAGUCUUCGGAUAUUAGAUCCAAACAAAGAUGUGACCAAUUAUUCUACCAUUAAUGACGAGACAAACGUCUAAAGACAUCCAUUUUCUCCUCUUAUAUCUGACGUGAAAUACAAACGAAAAACUUUUGUUUCAACCCAUCUAUUGAUCGAUAGAAAGGAUUUCUCAAACCAUUG